GCUCCAUACAAUGGUAUCUCUGUCAGUGUUUAUAAGACGGAAUGCAUCCUGUUGGAGUCACGUAAAGAUGGGUCCACCGGAUGCAAUACUCGGUGUCACUGAAGCUUAUAAACGCGACAAAAAUCCAAAGAAAGUAAACCUCGGAGCCGGUGCUUACAGGGACGACGAUGGCAAACCUUUUGUCCUCCCUUCCAUACGCGAAGCAGAAAGACGCAUCAUGACAAGGUGUUUGGAUAAAGAAUACGCGGGAAUCGCUGGUAUAUCGGAAUUCUGUAAAUUGGCUUUUGAGCUUGCGAUGAGUGAAAAGUCUCCAUUUGUCACCUCCGGCCAAAACGCCACCGUUCAAUCAAUCUCCGGUACGGGAGCUUUACGUUUAGCCGGCGCCUUUUUGCAUAAAUUCGGAUUGCAAAAGGAUAUUUGGAUGCCAACACCUACUUGGGGCAACCACAGCUCCAUUUUCACACACAGUGGGCUGAAUAUUCAUCACUAUCGCUACUACGACCAGAACACCUGUGGUUUCGAUGCGGCGGGAUGCAUGACUGACCUGAGCGCAAUCCCGAAAGGUCAUACGGUACUUCUUCAUGCCUGUGCACACAACCCCACCGGUGUCGACCCUUCUUUCGAACAGUGGCGCGAACUUGGCAGCAUUAUUGAAUCUCGAGAACUGAUUCCUUUAUUUGACUUUGCUUAUCAGGGGUUCGCUUCGGGCGAUGUGGAUCGCGACGCUGCAGCUGUACGCCACUUCGUGGAGAACCUCCGUUUUCCAUCAAUGUUCAUCACGCAGAGCUUUGCGAAGAAUAUGGGACUGUACGGCGAGCGUGUUGGGGCACUAACCAUGUUGUGUUCGUCCACUGAAGAGGCCGAACGCUGUCUGUCACAGUUAAAAAUCAUUAUUCGCAGUAUGUACAGCAAUCCGCCCAUCCACGGAGCCCGUAUUGCAACGGAAGUUCUCUCCGACAGCAACUUACGUAGCAUGUGAUGGCGUGAUAUUCCCAUGCUGUGCUUGUUGUCUAAAAGCCGUAACGAAAGACACUGAUCGCAGCUGGAAUCGAUGAGGCUACGCGAUGUGAAGUCUUUGGCGGACCGUAUCAUUUCCAUGCGCAGGAGUCUCGUCAAGAACCUAACGAAGGAGGGCUCCAAACGAAAUUGGUCCCAUAUUGAAAACCAAAUUGGCAUGUUCUGCUACAGCGGUCUGACACCUGAACAGGUUGAUCGCCUUACGCGAGAGUAUUCUAUUUAUUUGACGCGCGACGGACGAAUCAGCAUCGCUGGGCUGUCCUCAAACAAUGUCGAAUACCUUGCACAUGCAAUUCAUCAAGUUACCAAAUGAACCGAGAAUGUAUCCGAUAUUUCCCUAUUUUGAAUAUUGAUAUGCCCAAAUUCUUGGCGAGUACACAUCUUUG